ACGGGUUAUUACUGUAGCCUAUAAUAAACACCUAUAAACGUAUUGGCGCGCAAAUACAGUCGACUAUCCCAGAUUGCACUAGUGGGCUCCCAGAUGAGCAACAUCUUCAAUGGCUUGAUUUGGGUAUUUCCAAUAAAGGGGUCAGUGGUACUGCGCAUUUUUGCAUUUCCCGCUAUCAUAUAACUCAUACGCUGCAUUGAAAUGAUCAAAAAUCAUCUUUAACCAUGUGACAGGGGGAUUUGGGGAUUUAUGCGAAAUAAGCGCUAUUUAUUUUCCGAACAAAACAACCCGGAAAUGUGUGCUUUGCCAGCGCAUUCCCCCUCGCUCCUCUUCCUCUCGGUAUUGAAGUGAAACCCUCGAACAGAAAGGAGACGGGGAUACGAAGUAGCGGUGAUGCGGGGCAUGAUGGGUCUGAGAUUGCUUGUCUCACUCGCAUGGAUUCUUGCCUUCAAAGCUGCUAAUAUUCAAGGUGUGAAUGCCGACGAGGAUCAGUCCCAAGAUAUGGAAUGCAAAAUGAAAAGCGUCACCGUGUCUGCGUUGCCGUUUUUGAGAGAAAACGACCUGAGCAUCAUGCAUAGUCCGUCGGCCUCCGAGCCCAAGCUUCUGUUCUCCGUCAGAAAUGAUUUCCCGGGAGAAAUAGUCGUCGUGGACGAUCUAGAAAACACUGAACUCCCCUUUUUCGUCCUAGAGAUCACGGGAAACUCUGAGGAUAUUCCUCUGGUGCGAUGGCGGCAACAGUGGCUGGAGAACGGCACGUUGCUCUUUCAUAUCCACCACCAAGAUGGCAGCCAGAACCUCCCCGGCCUCUCCGCCACGGACGACCCUGCCAGCGACUCUGCCGAGGAGGAGCUACGCAUCCUCCACGUCUCUGUCAUGGGAGGCAUGAUCGCUUUGCUCCUCUCCAUCCUCUGCCUGGUCCUCAUCCUCUACACACGCAGGCGGUGGUGCAAACGCCGCCGUGUGCCCCAGCCCCAGAAGAGCGCCAGUGCAGAGGCGGCCAAUGAGAUCCACUACAUCCCUUCGGUAUUGAUGGGGGGCCAGGCCAGGGAGAGCCUGAGAAACUCCAGGGGCCAGGGCCACAAUUCCAGCGGCACGCUCAGUAUCCGAGAGACUCCCAUCCUGGAUGGCUACGAGUAUGACAUCACUGACCUGAGACACCACCUGCAGAGAGAGUGCAUGAACGGAGGAGAGGACUUUGCCAGCCAGGUCACACGCACCCUGGACUCCCUUCAGGGCUGCAAUGACAAGGCCAGCAUGGACCUGACACCUGGGAGUGACAAUACAAAGUUGUCCCUAAUGAGCAAGUACAAGGACAACAUCAUCGCCACCAGCCCCAUCGGCAGCAAUCACCUGCAGCAGAACACUCUCCUCCUCCACAACACCUCCUCCACUGGCCAACGAAAACAACGUCUGUCCAGCAAAACUCGUGUGGGUUCAACCUUCUUGAACCCAGACGGGGACUCUGGCACGGAGGCCGACAGCGAACCUCAGCUGACCUUUUACACUGACCCCAAUCGCAGCAGGCGCCGCAGCCGAGGUAUGAGAAAUGGUAACGCCAACAGCGCGUGGGGCUCAGGGGGUUCCCCACGAAGCCCCAUCAAUAAGACCACCCUGACUUUGAUCAGCGUUGUCAGCUGUGUGAUCGGCCUGGUGUACUCCUCACACCUCUCCUGUGGCCUCAAUGUCAGGGUCAUCCUCCAUGUGCCCGAGCACCUCAUCGCAGACGGGUCCAGGUUCAUUUUGCUGCAGGGCAGUCAACUGGAUGCGUCUGACUGGCUGAACCCGGCCCAGGUGUUACUAUACUACCAGCAGAAUGCCAGCGGGCCUUGGAUCAAUGAGCUGUGUGGCCGCCGCAUUCUGGACCCCUGUGAACACCAGUGUGAUCCAGAGACAGGUGACUGUCUCUGCUUAGAUGGUUACAUGAAGGACCCGGUCCACAAGCAUCUCUGUAUUCGUAACGAGUGGGGUCCAAAUCAAGGACCCUGGCCUUACACUAUUUUCCAGCGUGGUUUUGAUCUGGUGAUGGGAGAACAACCAUCUGAUCGCAUUUUCAGGUUCACAUACACAUUGGGGGAAGGGAUGUGGUUACCAUUAAGUAAAAGCUUUGUCAUUCCACCUGCUGAGCUGGCAAUCAACCCUUCAGCAAAGUGCAAGACUGAUAUGACUGUCAUGGAGGAUGCUGUGGAUGUGAGAGAAGAGCUGAUGAUCUCCUCAUCGUUUGACAGUCUGGAGGUUUUGCUGGACUCGUUUGGCCCGGUGCGCGACUGCUCAAAGGACAACGGUGGUUGUAGCCGAAACUUCCGCUGCGUCUCUGACCGCAAGCUUGAUUCCAGUGGAUGCAUGUGCCCUCCUGGACUGAGUCCCAUGAAGGAUGGCACAGGCUGCUACGACCACCACAUUGGCAUCGACUGCUCUGACGGCUUUAACGGAGGCUGUGAACAACUGUGCCUCCAGCAACUCGCCCCCCUGGAGGAUGACCCCACCCUUUACAACAUCCAGAUGUUCUGCGGUUGUAUUGAGGAUUACAAGAAAGGUCAAGAUGGUCGUUCCUGCCAGCCCCUGUCUGAAGCCUGUACCGAGGGACUGGACUGUGGGGAGACAGCUGACAUCCCAGCCAACCAAACUGUUUUUGGGGAUCUCUUCUAUGGCUACAACAACCACACCAAGGAGAUCACCUCUGGGCAGAUCCUCAAAGCUACCUUCAGGCAGAAGAACUUUGCCCGAGGCAUCGAGCAGCAGCUCCCAGAUGGCAUGGUUGUGGCAUCAGUUCCAACCGAGGUGCAAUGCCACGAAGAGCUGUCAGACCCAGUCCCUGACCCAGACUAUCUCACAGGAAUGGUGAACUACAGUGAGGUCUCUGGGUACCCACUCAUCCAGCAAUGGCGGCUGAGGUCCAUCCUGUACCACGUCAAACUGAACCAGUGGGUACUCUCUCAAGCGUUCAGCUCUGCUAUCCACUCCCUGGACGGUGCCACCCUCCGCAGUGAUUUUGUCUCCAUCCUCAGGGAGUUUGGUAAUCACUUUGUACAAGAGGCAGUGUACGGCUUCGAGGAGGCCUGCACUAUCUGGUACCCCAACAAGCAGGUCCAGAGGCAGCUGUGGCUGGAGUACCAGGACAUCAGCAAAGGGAAUUCCCCAUCAGAAGAGUCAGAGGAGCGUGACAAGGAGCCCCGGACCCUGACCUACCCAGCGUACAUCGCCAGCCUGCUGGACUCCGGUGCCAAGCGCAUGGCGGUGGGGGUGCGCAUGGACUGCAGCAGCCAAGGCCAGUGCCCGUACUCCUGCCACCUCUGCCAUAUGAGCCCUGGGCCUGGGCGUCCAGCUGAGCCUGUACUGCUCCAGAUGACUAAGGCCACCCCGCUCUACGAGCUGGUCUCCAACAAUGAGACCUACCAGGCACUGCAGGAGGCCAUGAUGAGCAUGCUGUGGUGUUCUGGGAAAGGUGACGUCAUCGAUGACUGGUGCCGUUGCGACUCGAACGCAUUCGGGAUGGACGGCCUGCCAACAUGUGCACCUCUCCCCCAGCCUAGGCUCAGGUUGUCCCACUCCUAUGAGCCCAGCAGUUCAUUGGUCAUCAUGGAAUGGAAUCACACUGAGCCACUAAUUGGGGUGCGGAUUGUUGAUUACCUCAUCAGCCAGGAGAAGGUGACAGAGAGGACAGACCACUCCAAAGUGGAGACAGAGUCGAUGUUGAGCUUUGUGGAUGACAUCCUGUCUGGGGCCAAGUCUCCGUGUGUGAUGCUUGGGGAUAUCCCUGACCUCUUGACCUCCUCCGUGAGCAUGAUCAUCCGCUGCCUGGAGCCAGACACGACGUACAUGUUUAGGCUCUGGGCAGUGGACAACACAGGCCGUCGCUCCAGUCCUAGUGAGGUCACCAUCAAGACCCCCUGUCCUGCUGUGGAUGACGUCAAAGCACAAGAGAUUUCAGACAAGAUCUACAACUUGUUCAAUGGUUACACAAGUGGCAAGGAGCAGCAGACGGCCUACAAUGCGCUGAUGGAACUGGGCUCUCCCACCCUGCACCGUGUGCUCUACCACUACAACCAGCGUUACGAGAGCUUCGGAGAGUUCACCUGGAGAUGCGAGGAUGAACUGGGGCCCAGGAAAGCUGGUCUGAUUCUCUCCCAGCUGGACAACCUGAGUGGCUGGUGCAGGGGUCUUCUCCAGGAGUCCAAGAUCGGCCUGCGCAGGAUGUCCCUCAAGUACCUGUCCUGCCGUUACACAGACACCAAGGCCUUUGGUCUCAACUGGGUGGAACUGGGCCAGGAUGUGCGAAAGGCCUGCGACGAACAGAACCUGCUAGUCAUGUACAAUGAUUAUGGGGAGCCCAAAGAGCGUUGAACGUCACACAGCAAAUAAUGGGUCUUGAGGAUUUGUAAGUGUGUAAUUGUGCUUUUGGGAUUAUCAUCAUGUCUGCUUUUUAAUUAGUGUGUGUUCUAACCCUUAUU